GAAAUUCUCCGUGAUGAGUUGUACUGUCAACUUCUUCGUCAGAUAACGAUGAAUCCAUCAAUAGUGUCCGAAGAGCGAGGAUGGGAAUUACUAUGGCUCGCAACAGGACUAUUUGCACCGAGUCCAACCCUGUUAAAAGAAGAACCAGUUUUUCAGGUCUACUUCCCAGAUCAGUCGAGUGAAGCGAUCGAAGUAGAGUCGUCGACGAGAGCUCGUGACUUCGUUGUUCGAAUAGCACAACGACUGCAACUUAGGAAGACGGACGGUUUCUCGCUUUUCAUCAGAAUAAAGGAAAAAGCAAGUCGCCUUUCAGUUCUCGCCGUACCCGAAGCCGAGUUCUUCUUUGACUUCAUUCGCCAGCUGUCUGACUGGAUGCAAGUUAAUCAUAUCACGAAGGUGAGCGACCUCGUUAGAAACCACAAUAUACUCUUGCGAUCAAGAACUUCAGCAUUUCAGGAGAACACUACUGCUUCCUCCAGCUAUCAGGUGUUUUUCAUGAGAAAAUUAUGGAUGAACGUGAAACCUGGAGAAGAUACAAAUGCGGAUUUGAUAUUCCACUACCCUCAGGAGUGCCCGAAAUAUCUGCUCGGUUAUCACAAGAUUGGGAAGCAGGAAGCCAUCUAUCUAGCAGCACUCAUUCUGAAAGCCAUAACUAAGGACUCGAAAAAUGCUCCAUUAGCACAGAUUCCACAGCUACUGAGUAAUCUAGUUCCAAAGGAUGUGAUGAAUCUUGCAUCAAUGAAUGAGACAAACCUCAUUCCAGGAUUUCUGGAGAAGAAUCGCGAUACGUUCUCGGCCGAUCUGCAUGCUCUAAUACAGUCGAGCAGGAUGCAUCUACUUCAGAGAAUUUUCGAUGACACCGAUGUUACUACUCGAAACAAGAGUGUCACCGUUAGUGCUCAAUUCCGUAAGUCACUCGAUCAAUUGAUGCAACAGUUGAAUCAAACACAGCCUUUCUUCAUUAAAUGCAUCAAACCGAAUGACCACAAAAAAGCCUUGGUAAUUGCGCAGACAAUGGAUUGCGACCUGGUGUUGAGGCAGUUACGGUACUCAGGAAUGCUGGACACUAUCAAGAUUCGACGCAAGGGCUAUCCAGUACGUCACGAUUUCGAAUCGUUCGUGAGUCGUUAUCGAGUGCUCGUCGACAGCAUCGUAAUCGCUCACCACAUCGACAGCCGCUCGUUGGCCGAACACAUCUGCAUGCAAAUGCUUGGAGAUGGCUCCGAUUUUCAACUAGGCAAGACGAAGGUGUUCCUCAAAGAGAAGGAUGAUCUUUAUCUAGAAAAAGAGUAUCAUCGUAUGAUAGAGUACCGCACUACGGUGAUUCAAAGGCACGUUAAAGGUUGGAUUGCGAGAAGUUCGUUUAGAAAGAAGAAGGAAGCCGCAAUAGUGAUUCAAAAGCACUGGCGACGUUACAUUUAUCAGAAACGACGCGCACAAGCAGCAUGUCGUGGCGCAAUAGUUCGCAAAAAAGUUACGGAACUCAAGCUAACCGGUGGGCGGAGGAUGUUGAUUGAGGAAGAUCGACGAGAUAACGUUAAGGAUGAAGUCGAAGAAGAAGAGUUGGUUAGUAUAGUCGCGCUACUUAUAAGACCAUUCCUGGUUCAGGUUGGAAAACUUUUUGACUUUCUUCCAUCCGAUUCUGGCUUGGAUUACACUGGCAAUGAUUUGAGCACAAGUACCAGGAUCACUUCAUUUUAUCCUGUUCGUACCAGUCGGAAGAACUACGACUUGGAAAAGUACCAAUUUGGAAAAUUUGCUGCCACUUAUUUUCAAUCACAAGUCUCCUGCUCACAUUCGAAGAAGCCUCUGAAGUCGUCCCUUCUAAUCCACGAAGAUAAAAGAACUCAACUGGCAGCGAUGGCAGUUUGGGCAACCAUUCUUCGGUUUAUGGGAGAUAUGCCUGAUGUGGAAUCCACCUCAAACGGAAAUGAUGCCCAAAUGGAUAAGACUCCUGUUAUGAAUCGCUUGUUCAAAACUCUUGGACGGAAACCUCAUGCCCACGUCGUAGAAGGAACCGCAGUUUCGGAAGAAUUUGACACAGGCACCCGGACUCUGAAAAACAGUAUACGAAAUAAGCUCAUUUCGAUGACCAUGAUGAGAAAAACGAGAUCGUCGGCAGGAAACUCAUCAUCUUCAUCAGGUGAACGUUCCUCAACAUCGUCCUAUUUACACAAUGUUUUUAUGGAGAAUAGUCCUAUGAGUUCACUGGAUAAGUUGCAUUACAUUAUUGGAAUGGGAAUACUCAUAGAAGAACUCAGAGACGAGAUCUAUUGCCAACUAUGUAAGCAACUAUCUUCAAACCCGUCAAGGCUUUCAGCCGCUCGUGGAUGGAUCUUGCUCUCGUUGUGUGUCGGUUGUUUCGCUCCCAGUCCACGAUUCAUCAAAUAUUUGUACUGCUUCAUUCGAGAACAUGGUCCUGCUGACGCAGGAUACUCUGCGUACAUGGAGGAACGACUGAAGCGAACUGAGCAGAAUGGUUGUCGCCGUCAGCCUCCUAGCUAUGUUGAGCUGCAGGCCAAUAAAGCAAAGCAGCAGAUCGUGCUUACUGUUACACUGAUGGACGGCUCGGUAAAAACGCUAAAUGCGGACAGCGCUACCACGGCCGGCGAGCUUUGUACAGCCGUUGCCGAGAAAGUCAACCUCAAGGACAAAUUCGGCUUCAGCCUUUAUAUUGCUCUACUUGAUAAAGAGGACGAAUUGGCAUCACUGGUUGCCCAGCAGUACUACGUUGAGGAAGGACCGUUGGAUGUGAAUCGUCUAGAGAACCAAAUUCACAACUAUUUGCCUGAUUUCGAGUUGAGAGGGAAGGAAUUUGUCAAAGAGCGCUGGACACAAACCGUUAUGUACCAUUACAGAAGGUGCCACAUAUGGUUCAAAGUUACUCACAGGUUCUACGAAGUAGCGAAGUUCUCUGGUCGUUCGUUUGCAAGGAGAGAAGUCAUCAUCGCGGUGAAUUGGAUGGGAAUCUAUGUUGUAGAUGACCAAGAGAAUAUUCUACUUGAGUUCAGCUAUCCUGAAGUAACACGAAUCGUGCAUUAUGAAUGUGGAAGACCUGGAGUCGACAUAGGUACGCUCCAAAUGGCAUCCCGCGAUGAGUAUUCAUUUCAAUCCUCUAGUGCAAACGACAUCAAGGACGUGGUUACGACAUUCCUUAAUGGUUUGAAGCAGAGAAGCCAAUCGCCACCACUGUCGCCCUCCACUCAGCAGUCUCUAACUUUGCGACGGCGAGAAAUAGCUGUUUCACGCCGAUGGCGAUUUGGUCGCGAACCGCUUGAUGUGCCACUUCUGAAAAAGCUUGAAGGCAGGAAGGAACAAUGCCGGGAUGCAGUCACGAUGUUCGUGUUCGUGAUGAAAUACAUGGGAGACCACCCGUCAAGAAGAAGUCACCUUGGCACCGACCUUACGGACGUCAUUUUCAAGCCCGCUAUUACCGAUGUGCGUUGUUGUUACACCUUACAAAAUCUUAGGAACUUAUAA